CUGUAUUUGUAUCUAGUUCAUGGAUUGCCAAGUUCCUUAACUAUAAUUUAAAAAAUAAAUAUUAAAUAGAUUAGUUCAGCAGUCAGCCUUUCUUAAUGGGUAUUAUUACUCAUUGUGGCUGUCGGUCUUUGCCUGGUGGUCGCUUAAAACUGGAAGCAUUCGGCUCAGCUUCUUUGUCUCUUGUGUUCCAGUUGUAGGUGGAGCCACAGUGCCAUGUAAUAUGAACCCUGCAGUGACUCCUCAAGGGGAGUGGGAGAAUGUUGUAGACCACACUUGAAACUUUUUUGCUGGUUGCACAGUACACAAGGCGGCAUUGCUCCGUACUUUAGUAAAGUUAUUUAUCUCUCCACAAAGGCUAAUGUAAAUGGGCUGUAUCAUUUUAUGUCUGGACUUUCAAGAAAGCCUGAAGUUAAUCCUGAACACUAUUUAAGUAACAAGGAGCAACUCACUUUUUUUUUUUUUUCCCUGAACUUUGGAUUGAGAAUUUAAAACAAAGGAUACGUCAUGUUUGUGAAUUUGCCUAAAUAAAUUCUAAAACUAAUUGGAUUGCAGUCUUAAUUUGUAUAUAUUCGCAUACUGAUACAAAGUUGGCUCCUCAUUUGGCUUAAUCAGUGUUUUUUGUUUGUUUUACUUUCUCAAUGGGAUUGACAAAUGUUUCAAUUUGUUUUCUUUUGAUUGCUAAAUGAAUUUGAGAAGGACUGCGUGGUGGUGGCUGCAGCAGUAGGUUUUUAUUCGAUGUUUGCGUGCAGAGUGAACUCCACACACUCUCCCUCAAGGCAUCUCACUUUGGCUGUCUUGAUCUUGAGGUUUGAGGAGGGGCCUCUGUUAUGGGGUGUUUUGUUUCUAUGGAAAAUGAAAUGAAGUCUUUAGUUACUCAUGACGGGUAAAGACACAUUACAUUGUCUGUACUCAUGGAAAGGAGUCCUUGAACUGUUUACAUGCCUAUCAGGAAACAAAGCAAGCAAAAGUAAAGAAAUGAGUCGCCAGACUGCCACAGCACUCCCAACAGGUACAUCGAAGUGUGCUCCGUCACAGAGGGUGCCUGCGCUGCAGGGCACCACAGCUUCCAACAAUGACUUGGCCAGUCUCUUUGAGUGUCCUGUCUGUUUUGACUAUGUACUGCCACCCAUUCUUCAGUGCCAGAGCGGGCAUCUUGUUUGCAGCAACUGUCGCCCAAAGCUCACAUGCUGUCCAACAUGUCGAGGCCCACUGGGCUCCAUUCGGAACCUGGCUAUGGAAAAGGUGGCCAACUCUGUACUGUUUCCUUGUAAAUACGCCUCUUCAGGAUGUGAGAUAACGUUGCCACACACAGAGAAAGCGGACCACGAAGAGCUUUGCGAGUUCAGGCCUUAUUCUUGCCCUUGUCCUGGAGCCUCGUGUAAAUGGCAGGGCUCCCUGGAUGCUGUCAUGCCUCAUUUGAUGCAUCAACACAAGUCUAUAACAACGUUACAAGGGGAAGACAUUGUCUUUCUGGCCACAGACAUUAAUCUUCCAGGAGCAGUCGACUGGGUUAUGAUGCAGUCCUGUUUUGGGUUCCACUUUAUGUUGGUCUUGGAGAAACAGGAGAAAUAUGAUGGCCACCAGCAGUUCUUUGCUAUCGUCCAGUUGAUUGGAACACGCAAGCAGGCAGAAAACUUUGCCUACCGACUCGAGCUGAACGGUCAUCGCCGGCGGCUGACCUGGGAAGCAACGCCUCGCUCAAUCCACGAGGGGAUCGCCACUGCGAUCAUGAACAGCGACUGUCUGGUUUUCGACACUAGCAUUGCACAGCUUUUUGCAGAGAAUGGAAAUCUAGGCAUAAACGUUACAAUCUCAAUGUGCUGAUGCAGCGGGUGAAUGUUUGUUUGUUUGUUUGUUUUAGAGCAAUUGUAACAGUUCUAGUAUCAUAUCAUUGGAGAAAAAAGGCAUUCAUUGACAUUCACUGCCAAGCAUAACCCCUGUUUUUGUAGAUGGAGGUUUGGGCUCAAGGUUUAAAAUACUGGCUGAAAAAAAAGAGAGCUGUAUCUGGUAACACUAUUGUAUAAAACACCUUAUGUAAACCACUGAAUACUUACCCUAAAUGGGCAACUUUUUGUAAUAAAAUGAAUAAUAAUAAAAAAACAUAAACAGAAGCUUAUAAAUUCUGAAUUAACUUCAGUGUUGUAGAUAGUAUUGUUUCCUCUUUCCUUGACCAGCCAGGCUGGACAGUACCAUUUCAAGUUGCUGCUCCUGUCUGGUAUGUCACACUACAUAGUAUUGCUGCUCUGUGUAUUUCUGUGUAUUGAUAUUUUUAAAUAACUUUUUUAGUUUUGUUUUUUGUUUGUUUUUCCAUUAAAUAAAUUUGACUUUAUCUUUCA